UUCUCCAGGGACCUGCCCAGGUGUGAAGCGCUAGAAACAACCUUCGGUGCUGGAACUAGGGGGGCUGCAGCACCCCCUGGGUUGAAGCACUUUCCCAUACUGUAUAUGCAGGGUUUACAGUUUGGCACAAGGGCUCCCAGCACCCCUCCCCUGUAAACAUUGUUUCAGCCCCCCUGGAAGCAGCAGGGUUUAUUGGUGAGCAAAUGUCUGGUCCUCAGAUCAACCCCCUUUUUAGAAAUGAUCAGUACUGAUGGUUUGGACUGCGGUAGCCCUUAAAAGCCCCCGUCACAGAUUAGGAUCCCAUUGCGCAAGGCGCUGUGCAAACAGAACAAAAAGAUAGAAGGUCAAUUCUUUGCAGCAGGGACUAAGUAUGGGAUAAAAGACAACAGGUGCAGACAGAAGGGGAAUGCCAGGAAACAAUGAGACAAUAUGGGUCAGCCAAUGCACCUUCAGUUCUUCACUUCAGCAGGGUUCUCUCUGGUUCAUAUACAGAUAGAAAAGGAGGCAUGCAAAAUACUCUCAGGAAAACCUCUGAACUAGGGGGACUGAAAGUAACAGAACUAAGGGCUUGCACCUGCAACUGCUGCAGGGCUUAGUAGGAGCGAACACUUCCACAGCCCUCAAGGGACUCUACUCCCAGUGGUGUGCAUGGAAAGUGUUCAUAAGCUGGACCCUUGUCUAAGAAACAGUACUGUGCCUUUAAGGGCCUCUCUCUUUGUUGCCAAGUUACCGCCUGUCUCCUAGCAACGUAGUUUGUUACUUAAGCACCCUGUUUCUGGUGGGCCUGGUCAAUUUCCUGCCUCUUUGUCCAGCUUGGACCAGAGUCCCAAAAAGGUCUUAGCUCAAAAUGUCCCAGGAGCAUCUGCAGGAAGCAUUCACCACCUGUAACAAAGAGGCAGAGGAGGGUCGGUCCCAGAGAACCAGUGAUUACUACAGAGUUAAUGACGAUUUGCCAGCCAGGUUCAACCACCCAGGAUGGUUUCGGGGCUACAGAACGAAUGAGCCCCAUCCAAUGUACAGGACCACCAACCAGAUCUAUGGAAGCAAAGCGCCUACUGUACAUGAAAUGCCAACCUCCUUUAACAUUACCUCACAUGCAUUUUCGAAACAUCUUGGAAAGUGUGGCAUGUAUAAGAAUAACGGGCUCAACACCUACAUGGAGAAAAGUGUCGUGACCGGCAUAGAUAACCUUAUCACCUUCUACGACAGACUCAACUUUCACCCCAGUUACAAUGGCAAUGGGCCAUCCCACUGUGAAUAAUGUUUCAGCCAUAGUGUCUGCAGUAUGACACCUGUUCUUCAGUUUACUGUCUACUGCCAGGUUAAAAAAAACAACAAGCAAACAAUAGCAUUGACAUUUCCUUAGGAUUUCUGCUUCUCUCCUAAAUCAGCUCCUAAGACUCUCUUUGAAAGCAUGACUGGUGCACUCCUGAUGUUAAAUACACUUCCGUCUGCCACAUUAGCUUGCAGGAUGAUUCACCACAACAAACACAGGCUUCUGUUACAAUAAUGCUACAUGCCAUUAAAGCAUCAUUAAGCUGCAAUGGGAAUCUUGUAUUAUAAUGUCUGACUUUAGGUUACCUUGCUGAAGGAGAGCCUAGAUCCAAUGUUAGCAUGACGUAGUAGAAAAGGUCAUGAAAACAGAAUAAAAUGAGUAAAUGAGCAAGGAUGAAAACUCUGUCAUUGAGAGAGUAAUAAGAGCAAAAUGUUGCUUUAGAGCAGGUGUGUUAAUAAAGAAAAAAAA